AUGUCCAACCAAACCACCGUGACUGAAUUCCUGCUUCUGGGCUUUUCUGAUAUUCGGGAGCUCCAGAUCUUACACUUUGUUAUCUUUCUCGCAGCGUACUUGGCAGCCCUGAUGGGGAAUCUGCUCAUCAUCACAACUGUAACACUAAACUGUGAACUUCAUUCUCCCAUGUUCUUUUUCUUGAUUAAUUUGUCCAUCGUGGACCUUGGCUCCAUCUCAGUGACCAUGCCCAAAUCCAUGUCUAAUUCCCUACUGAACACCAGGUCGAUCUCCUACUCUGGAUGUGUUGCCCAAGUGUUUUGUCUCUUCUCCUUCUUGGUAGCAAAUUUAUCUCUUCUCACAGUUAUGGCAUAUGACCGAUACAUUGCCAUCUGCAAGCCACUGCAUUAUGGGAUAAUAAUGAACAGAAGAGCUUGCAUCCAGAUGGCUGCCAGUGCUUGGGCUGCUGGUGCCAUCAACUCUGCCCUGCACACUGGGAACACCUUUAGUCUCCCCUUCUGCCACUCAAAUAUCAUCAACCAGUUCUUCUGUGAAGUGCCCCAACUGCUCAAGCUCUCCUGCUCUGACACAUACCGCAGAGAGCUGGCAGCAAUUGUCUUGAAUAUAUUUUUAGCAUUAGGCUGUUUUGUUUUCAUCAUUGUGUCGUAUGUUCAGAUCUUCACCGCAGUGUGGAGAAUCCCCUCAGAGCAGGGCCGGCAGAAAGUCUUCUCCACCUGCAUUCCUCAUCUUAUCGUGGUCUCCCUGUUUCUUUCCACUGCUGUCAUUGCCUACUUGAAGCCCAUCUCUCACUCCCCGUCCCCUCUGGAUCUCCUGGCAGCUGUUCUGUAUUGUGUGGUGCCUCCAUUGAUGAAUCCAGUCAUCUACAGCAUGAGGAACAAGGAGAUCCAAGCUCCUCCUCCUAAUGAACCCGGGGACACGUUUUCCCCAACAGUUUUCGGGUGUCAGCGUUGGGAUGUGGCGGAACACCGAGCUGACGGCUUGAACAGUUUGAGGACACAGCUGACACCCGUGGCGCCAAACACAGAGACAAAAGAAAUGGGUCAGGGAUCCUCUUGCCUGGACCCAAAAACACCCUUGGGUUAUAUGUGUAAGACUUAUGGAACUCAACUGGGUUCCAAGAAGCAAAAGCACUUAGUUGAAUUGGCACAUGCUUGGAAUGGGCAUACUUACAAAAACCCCGAGUUACAGUUCCCUGAUGAAGGAACCUUUGACCCUGACAAAUUAAAUUAUCUGAGGGGUUUCCUAGAAAUACCCAAUCCAAAGCAAAUGGAAUAUUGGUACCUAUGGGAUAAUGAAGCUUCUAAAAGAAAACAAAAAUCAAUUGAGGCUAGUCUCAGAGAUUCAAACAAAAAAUUGAAAAAACAAUUGGCUACUUUAAAAGAGGCAAAAUCCAGCCCUAGCAUUCCCCCACCUGAUCCUCCUACCUAUAAAAAACUGUACCCCAGUAUUCCGGUGCCCAACGAUACCACUCCAGAAGACACAGAAGUUUUGCUAGACUCCUGGGUACCCAGUCAAGCUCCUCCACCUCCACCUCCAGUUCCUGCAGAGGGGUCCGUUACCUCUGAAAGCAGCGCCAGACAAAAUUCUGCUAAAACACCAACUGUUCCCUUCUCUCCCCCACCUUCUACUGACUCAAGUUCAUAUGAGGAUGACCUGCCCACUGUCCAUGAUGUUAAGAAAAAUUUAAAGUCUGAACUAAGACCAUUGUAUGACAUUAAAAAUAUCGAAAGGGGUCCAAAUAGGUAG